AAGACGACGACAACAACAACAGUCACAAAAUAAAUCAAAAUGGAGUUGCCGUUCGGACAGGGUUUUGAGGAGAUUAUGUUUCACUCCUGGUACCCAAUUCUCUUCGUCCUUUUGUUCUCUCUAGGCUAUUGGUUUCGGAGUUAUAUGCGUGGUGCCCAAGUCAUCAGCAAUGUGAGCAUGAAAGGGAAGACAGUUGUGGUGACGGGUGCAAACUCUGGUAUUGGUAGAGAGACUGCAAAGGAACUAGCCAUUAGGGGAGCUCGGGUUAUCAUGGCAUGUCGUGAUGAGGAGAAAGGCAAAGAAGCAGCGCAAAAACUCCAGACUUUGACUCGUAAUAAGAAUAUCAUUCCAAUGAAGCUCGACCUUUGCUCCUUUAAAUCAAUUAGAGAAUUUGCUGUGGCAUUUACAAAAAAGGAAGAUCGGCUGGAUGUUUUGAUCAACAAUGCCGGUGUUAUAAUGCCACCCCAGAACAAGACGGAUGAUGGUUUUGAUCUACAGAUGCAGACCAACUACCUCGGUCCUUUCCUGUUGACCCAUCUUCUGCUAAACCAUCUGAAGAACUGCUCCCCUAGUCGCGUCGUCAAUGUGACAGCAGUGGCCUUCACCCUGGGCAAACUAAACCUUGAUGAUAUUAAUCAUGAGAGUGUGGAAGACUACCAGACUGGUGAUAUGUAUGCCCAGAGUAAACUUGCUCUUACCAUGUUCAACAAGACAUUAGCUAAGAAACUUGAAGGUACUGGAGUGACUGUCAACGCUAUCCACCCUGGAGUUGUCAAGACAGAUGGUCACCGAUAUAUGGGCUACUACACCAGCACAUUUGUGAAGAUGUCACUCAUGCCACUCAUAUGGUUGGUGAUGAAGACACCAGUAGAUGGGGCCCAGGCAGCUGUAGAAUGUGCCAUCCAGGAAAACCUGGAAAAAGUCUCUGGCAAAUACUUUGUGGAUUUCAAUGAGAAGAAGGUAGAGAAUGCUGAGUAUGAUGACGAAGACCUGUGUGACAAAUUAUACGAGAAAAGCUUGGAAUGGACCAAAUUUGAGAGUUAGAACCUCAUGAUAUCAGUCAUUGACGCUGCUUGAGAUUAAAAACUUUGAAAUAACUGCUUGUUUUAAUCAGAAACCAUUGUGCAUUAGUUCUGUUGCUAGUCUUGGUUUGGCAUGUGAAUUGCCUCCAAGCUGUGAGAUCUGAAGUCUCCGCGAUUCAUUGGAGCUGAAUUUAGAAAGGUUUUAUGCAAUUACUGGAACCUGUCCUAAGGAUAUGAGAGUCCCUAAAGAGUGUUUUUGAAUGCAGUACCUGUUUGUUAGAUAUAUGAUGAAUACUGCUGCUAUGUCUUAUUGUUGUAGGAUGUACGUAUUGGCCCAUUAUUAUUAUGCUGACAGACAGCAGAGUUGUUUGCUAUUCAUACAUGUAACUGUCUCGGUCAUCAUUAGAAGUCCUAUCAUGAACAAAUGGUCCGAGUUCCUUUCCAAUGACUUGAGACAAUUGCAAAUAGACAACAACUCCAAUUGAGGUGGUUUGAUUUGCAAUUUUCUAUGCAGCUGAACCUACAUGUUCAUGUAUUGUCAGAGUGUUCCAGUGAUAAGUAAUGGUGGUGGAGUAGUUUUAGUGUUAGAUGUGUCAUGGAGUACUCGUUAUGUUCUAUCGAUUGUUGGUCAAGGUAACGAGAGAUUUGCCCACAAUCAUUCCAUACCAAUGUCAUAAUGUAGGUAAGCUUUGUAGCAAGCAUUUAUUUUCUAUCUGUAGCUAUUUAUACAUAUGUGUAUGAUAUUUAUGAACUAGUAUAGUAUAUGGUUAUGGAGGUAAUUAUAACAAUAAUCAAAUGAACACUUUCGCCUCCAUUUCCCUGGCUGUAUAGCCUCUUUCAGUUGAUGGCUGUUGAAGAUACUGACAUGUAUAGUGGAUAACCAAUAUAUUGAUGUAACUUGAUAAAAAAUAUACACAUAUUGU